AACCGGAUGUUACACUGCACUCUGACACUGUCUAUCCAAUGUCACUUUCAAGUUCUUGCAAACUAUCAGCCAGUUCACGCUCUGUCUCUCCGGCAAAUAGAUCAACAUGUUCCUGAGUAUUGCACUUUUCUGUCUCUUUAUUCAGACAACAAUUUUCCCAGGUUCUGGGGAAACCUUGGAUAAAGUGACCCAGAUACCAGGGAACAUGACUAAAACAGUGGGUGAAAAUGUGUCCUUCCAUUGCUCAAUUCCUUUAUUUCAAGUCGGCCCAGCUGUCAACGUAACCUGGUGGAAGCAAGGUGAUCCUCAUUCUCUCAAUGCAGAACAAGAUGACCGAAAAGUAAUUGGCCUCCAGACUAAAUUCAGUGGAUUCCUUCAGAUAAUCAAUGUCAGUGUACAGGACAGAGGAAUGUACUAUUGCACAAUCGUCCAACAAGGCAAAUUAUUUGGAAACGGAAAAGGGUCCAAUUUAACAGUGUUGGUUCCACCGACUCCACUGAAUAUUCUCUCUCAGCAGCCUGGAAAUGAUCCAUCCGUGACUCUUGCUGUUUUAUGCUCCACAUCUCCCUUUUACCCGAGGGAUAUCAGUUUUACUUGGUACAAAGAUGGCAGUAAAACUACAACAGGAAUCAGUACAGUCAUUCGAGCAACAGACGACAGACUACACGAAGCAUACAGCUGGUUGGAAGAAACACAGGCAAUCCGAGCCGGAACUGUUUAUACCUGCAUGGUAUCCCACAGCACCCUCCAAAGUUCAGCUGCGGUCAGUCACAUCGUAACGAAUGGCAGCCCGGACUGUGUGUCCACAAAGUAUUUGAUGAUUUCUGCAACUGUAUCAGCUGGAUUGAUAUUAUUGGUGCUCAGCCUCAUCAUGGUGAAGCGAUACACAGCAAACAAAAAUAUGGUGAAAACCAAUGAUGACAAAUCGAGUAAUGAUGAACACAAGGCAAGUUUUUUUUACACAAAAUAUAACUGUAUAUAA